UGCUUUCAUUCUAGGUACACCUGCGUCGCCCACAAUGAUCAUUGUCCUCAUGAUCAUUGUCCCAAAGAAGGCUGUGCUGAUUUUCUAAUUGGUUUAAAUGGGUAAGGCCAGGGCACCCCUCCUCCCACUUAAGAGUCUGGAAGGGGAUUUAGGGCUUUUACUAUUGAUCAAGUGACCAGUAUAUGCAUGCCAAGCAGCCCAGAAUAUAGGCAAGGGAAAGAAUAUGUUGUUGUUCUGGAAUGGGAUUUAACUUUAGAAAUUUUACCUUCCAGCUGAGAUAUUAGCCUGGUUCUAUUACUCUAUUUUCCUUAAUGACCCACCUUCCCUACUUUUCCACCCUCACUGCUGUAGCAUGAGAACUAAGUGGAAAUACUGCCAUAGUAGAGAAUUAAGACACUGGUGAGGGGAUGGAGAGAUGGUAUGCAACAGGUAACUGAAUUGUAGAAUGGUUUAAAAUUUUACUUUCAGGUAUGUUUAGUCAUAAGAUGUAAGCUAAUGUUAUUGCCUAUAGAGACCCCAACAUUUGCCUGAGAAAUAAAUCAAAAUGAUCCUUAACUGUUAGCAUGGGUGCAUGGGUACUUGGUAGUUUAAGACAUAUAAGGAAGUAGUUUUCCUAAGUUACACUUGCUGUCCCAGCUACGUCUUAUAAUACUCACUUAGCCAACUCCCCUUUUCAUAGAUGGUCCAUAGGUAAAUUUGAAUCCACUACAUUCUAAAAUGAUCAAUUCCAAAUUAGCAGGAUUUGAAUUAAUAACAUUGAUUAAUAUUAUUCUCAAUAUCAGUUCAGUAGGCAGUUGGAAAUCUCAGUGCUUUAGACCCUAGUUUACACAUGGCCUGUGUGCUCAGCUGAGUUUUCCUGAAACAAACCUCUUCUUAGGUCUUUUUUAUGAAAGCCAGUGCUUUUACUUCUCUAGACAUCACAUCAGGUUUGUAGAUUUUGAGAUACAGUUGGCAUUACUUUUAAAAUCUGGUUGGUUCAUCACCUUGUGCUAAUGUACACUUUUGAAGAAAGUCCAUUCUUAUAGCAGGCCUAAAUACUCCUGGGGGAAGGGAUAUGUUUCUUGUUUAAAUACCAGAUUUUCCCCUUGGGACUGAUGCAGUUGAUGUACUUUCCUGUUGGGUAUUCAGUCAGGGUUUACCCACUUUCACAAGCGGGGGUAGGGUAGACCUCUGACAGUUUGGGUCAUGCACUAUAUAUUGUCAGCAUUUUCAGAACACCCAUUCCCAACAGAAUCCAGGUCCUCACCCAAGAUGUCUAUUCUGAAUAUUCUAUGUCUGGUUUAAGCUCAAAUAUUAGUUAUCUUAUUGAAAGAGCCAUCUCUGUUACCACAUCGCGUUGUAAAUACAGACAUUUCUAAAGGCUCAUCUUAUUAGUUACUUUUCUUUGUAAGAAAGAGGUGCCUUUUAAUUUAAGUGUUAGAAGUAGCAGAGAAGAGCCAGGAUAGCUCCUUGAUUUCUCACCCAUAGCUAAAUUGUGGACCCAAAAACAAUCUUCCUCUUUAGAGGAAGAACAAUAAAUCAUUUUGGUUGUCUUUUUCAUAUGUAAAUAGGAGUCACUUUUUUACUUAUCACUUCUUGGUAGCUGUUUUAAUUCUGUGUUUUUGAAGAACUAAUUCAUUUGAAUCUUUUCAAUUAAUAAAUAGGGACCAUUUUUUAAAUUUACGCUUUCUUGAUAGUUGCCUUGUUCCUGUCAUUUUAAAGCAAUAAGGUGAUUUUCUAUUGUGUCUUCUCUGAUCCCCCCCCCUUCCCACAAUUUGGUCCUUGACUUAUAUAACCCUAAUCAUCAGAUGUUUCCAGUUAUCCUUUGACUUCUUAUUUCUGGAAAAAAAUAUUUGUGCAAAUCAUUUUGAUCUGGAUACUCCAUCUAACCCUGGCUUUGUGAAGGAAGAUGUCAAAGAGGAUGACAGUACCGAUCAUCUGCCACAAAUCUGGCAUAUCCUCCUCCUCAUAAUGAGAAUAGUUCUGCUCCAAUCAGCCAGGAUGAACCUCAUGGACAUCACCAAGAUCUUCUCCCUCCUGCAGCCUGAUAAGGAUGAGGAGGAUGCUGACACAGGGGAGAAGCAGGCUCUCAAUCAAGCAGUGUAUAACAAUGACUCCUAUGCCUUGGACCAGCUUUUGCGCCAGGAGCGUUAUAAACGUUUCAUCAACAGUAGGAGUGGCUGGGGCAUUCCUGGAACACCCUUGCGCUUGGCUGCUUCUUAUGGCCACCUUAGUUGUUUGCAGGUCCUCCUGGCACAUGGCGCUGACGUUGACAGCUUGGAUGUCAAGGCACAGACACCACUUUUUACCGCCGUCAGCCAUGGCCAUCUGGAUUGUGUGCGUGUGCUUUUGGAAGCUGGUGCCUGUCCUGGUGGUAGCGUCUACAACAACUGCUCUCCCGUGCUCACAGCCGCACGUGAUGGUGCUGUUGCCAUCUUGCAGGAGCUCCUAGGCCAUGGUGCAGAUGCCAAUGUCAAAGCUAAACUACCAGUCUGGGCAUCAAACAUAGCUUCAUGUUCUGGCCCCCUCUAUUUGGCUGCAGUCUAUGGGCACCUCGACUGUUUCCGCCUGCUUUUGCUCCAUGGGGCAGACCCCAACUACAACUGCACUGACCAGUGCCUAUUAGCUCAUUUCCCACGGCCCCGCACCCUCCUUGAAAUCUGCCUCCACCAUAAUUGUGAUCCAGAGUACAUCCAGCUGUUAAUUGAUUUUGGUGCUAACAUCUACCUUCCAUCUAUCCCCCUGGACCUGAACUCACAAGAUGAUAAAGGCACUGCAUUGCUGCUACAGGCCCGAGCCACUCCACGGUCACUACUGUCACAGGCUCGUUUAGUUAUCCGCAGAGCCCUGCGCCAAGCCAACCGGCCACAAGCCAUCGACAAGCUGGAUAUUCCACCUGUGUUGAUUAGCUACCUUAAACACCAAUUGUAAACUUUCAGUCUACCCAGAAAUCCAUAAUGCUUCCAAAAACCUCCUGGGAACCCAGGUAGCUGGAGGGCACUAUAGAUCCACCCACUCACUUGUAGCUGCUUUCCUGUAUUAUCCUCCACAAUAAAGUCAUCAAUAAAAU